UCUCUCUCUAUAUAAAGGCCAGAGAGCGCCAUGGCCUGACCUCACUGCACGGCCUCAAGAGGAAGCUUCUUUCGGCUGGGAACGCCAUGGAGCUGCUUCCUCUUCUUCUGGCUUGCUCCCUUCUGUUCACCGUUGCGACUCCGGUCAGGGACGUCACCGACGCCUGCACCUCGCAAGUCAAUGAUUUCCAGCACCUCAACGGCUCGGGCCUCCACCUGACGCUGCACCACCCGCGGAGCCCCUGCUCGCCGGCGCCGCUCCCGUCUGACCUCCCAUUCUCCACCGUCCUCACCCACGACGAUGCCCGCGUGGCCCACCUCGCCUCGCGCCUCGCAAGUAAGACCCCGGGUCCCCGGCGCCCGACGUCGCUCCGCAAGAAACCCGCCGUCGCCGGUAGCCUCGCGGACUCGCUGGCCGUCUCCGUGCCGCUAACGCCGGGCGUGUCCCUGGGCGUCGGCAACUACGUCACCCGCCUGGGCCUCGGCUCGCCUGCAACCUCCUACGCCAUGGUCGUGGACACGGGUUCCUCGCUCACCUGGCUGCAGUGCUCCCCGUGCUUGGUCUCGUGCCACCGCCAGGAAGGGCCGCUCUACGACCCCCGGGCGUCCAGCACCUACGCCUCCGUGCCGUGCUCGGCAUCCCAGUGUAACGAGCUCCAGUCUGCCACGCUCAACCCGUCCGCCUGCUCCGUCUCCAACGCCUGCAUCUACCAGGCCAGCUACGGCGACAGCUCUUUCUCCGUCGGGUACCUGAGCAAGGACACCGUCUCAUUCGGCACCGGCAGGUUCCCCAACUUCUACUACGGCUGUGGCCAGGACAACGAGGGGCUCUUCGGGAGGUCGGCGGGGAUCAUCGGCCUCGCGCGCAACAAGCUUUCGCUGUUCUACCAGCUCGCGCCCAGCCUUGGCUACUCCUUUUCCUACUGCCUCCCAACGUCGGCGUCUUCGGGGUAUCUCUCCAUCGGGUCCUCCAACCCAGGGCAGUACUCGUACACACCCAUGGCAUCGAGCUCGCUCGACGGCUCGCUCUACUUCAUCAACCUGGCGGGGAUGUCGGUUGGGGGGAGCCCGCUGGCGGUGUCGCCGUCGGAGUAUGGCAGCCUGCCGACGAUCAUAGACUCUGGCACGGUGAUCACGCGCCUGCCGACGAGCGUGUACAACGCGCUGAGCAAGGCGGUGGCCGCGGGCAUGGGCGGGACGCCCCGCGCGCCCGCGUACUCCAUCCUGCACACGUGCUUCCAGGGUCAGGCGUCGCAGCUGCGCGUGCCGUCCGUUGAUAUGACCUUCCGGGGCGCCGCGACGCUGAAGCUGGCGACGCGGAACGUGCUCAUCGACGUGGACGACUCCACGACGUGCCUGGCGUUCGCGCCCACGGACAGCACGGCGAUCAUCGGCAACACCCAGCAGCAGACGUUCAGCUUUGUCUACGAUGUUGCCCAGUCCAGGAUCGGCUUCGCGCCCGGCGGUUGCAGCUGAAGGGUGAACUGCACGCAUGGAUGCCGAGUUUGGUCAUGGUAAAGCUUGGUGGUUGAAUUUGCAUAAACAUGUAACUGCAUAUGGAAGUUAAUGAAGAUAAGUGUUACAUGUUACUACAGUCACUGGCAAAUUGUACAUCAUUUAUAGGUAAAUUGGAGUGUUUGGGUUUCUACAGUUCAUUGGAAGUGCUUCAACAAUUGUAAGGUCAAAAAACAAGUGUAAUAGCUCGAAGAUUUGGUCUAUUGGUUAUGUUCUUGUUAAGGCAAGCCCUUCGUUUAUUUAA